CCGUGGCCACUGCCCUUCACUCACCACGUGAAACCGCCGAUUCUGUCUGCUACUUGAAGUGCCCCGGGGCACUAGGCUCUUGUAUUCUCAGGCUUACGUUCUCCAGUCAUUCUCAGCGAUGGACAAUGCAGUACCACAAGGCGCUCGGGCAGCUUGCAUUGCUGUCGCCGUGUAUUCAGUUGUCUGUCUGUUCUUGGGCCUCUUGCUGUUCGUCUUACUCUACGCCGACGGCCACGGAACAAAAUAUGUCACGCUACUCGCCAUCUGUGUCUCCAUCAACUCAGUCGCCUCGAUCAUGCAGCAGGUAUACUACGCUUUUCAGUGGCGGCAAGUCAAGAGUACACAAUUACAACAAGCGAAACUCAGCCUCCAGGAGCCUUACCUAGCUGCUAGUUCGCUCACCACAGGCUUCAACCUCGCGUGCGUAGAGAUUCAGCUUUACUGUUCCACGUUGGUGGCGGUGUUUGCUAUGUGCUGGGCCACCGCGUUAGCGAAGAGCAUAUACAACCUGCCAUUGAAGUCCUUGACCGGCUGGGAGGGUGCCAUUUCUGUCUGUGCAAAGAUCCUAGCAGUGACAUUAGCUGCUCUAUUCCUUGGACUCUCUUAUGCUGAGCCAGUCAGGCGCAACGUGGUUGCGUUUGUUGCACUCCGGCAUGUACUAAUCAUUGCCAGCUUCGCUAUAGGCAUCGUGCUAAAUAUCAUGAUUAUUGCCAAAUACAUUCACGUCAAGCACACCUUGAAAGGCAUGCAGGACUCAAACACAUUCGGCACAACAAGCUCGGCCUCCCAUCGACACUGUUCACGUACCCGCCCUCUCAGGGGCAUGAUCGACAAGGUGCUGCUACUUCGAUUCUCUAUUGGCUUUCUGAUCUUGCUUGCAUACGAAGUCAUGAUAAUCACGUUCCAGUUUACCGGGACUCGGAGGGCAGCACGCCUCGCCAAACAGGACGAGCCGGACUUUUUACUGUCGACAUGCGUGACGGACAUUGUUCUCUCCUUACCGAUUGUGUCCGGCAGCCUUGUGCUGUUUGCUUUGUUCGGAACAACAGCUCAUUUUCGAGAACGCUACUCUGCGGCUCUUCGGACGGCGUGCUGUUGUUCCAGGACCCGAACACAAGACCGCCGAAGAAGCGACGAAACUGUCAAUAUGUGGCAGUCGCUGAACUCGCUUGAGCCGAAAAGUAAUGAGAGGCUCUCCGGCGAUGCCAGAGCUAGCAGUGAAGGAGAAACUAGGUUCGCCGCCAUCAUGCGCGAUAGCAAAGGGUUUUUUAGAGUCCACACGACAGAUGGUAAGCUUGCGCCGCACAAGCAACUCACUCAACCUUGGCGGAGUGUGGGCUUGCCGCAGCCUUGAUUUUCGUACAUGGCUGAAAGACCAUAUGCUGAGUGCACUCGGAGUUCUCCAGAAUUACUACAGAAGAAAGGACCAUGCUUGUUCCGCCAGAUGGGUUCGGGUUGGGCACAUAUGAGGCACGCUGCGGUAGCCGCAGGCAUUCGCUACGGCAGACCAAUCAGAGCGACGACUCGUCGAUUGCGGACCGCGAGACGCGAAACAAUGUUCAGAGUUUGGACAGCUGAAAAGUGUCACUGUCAAG